AUGUUGUCUAGACGGUACAGCGGCAGUUCUUCGAAUGUCUCGCAGGUUCCCGCAGUGAAUCUGUCCACUCAUGACCUGGAUGCGUUCCGAAGGUCUGCAUUCCUGCCCGAGCGGCCGCUCCUCAUCAGAGCUGGAAAUGGCGUGGGGCGGCAUGUCUCCAAUGAUCGAGGAGGUGAAUUUGCCGCCACCAGCCGCUGGUUCGUUUCUGAGACCGCGGCAGCUACGGUGACUCUCAGUCCAUACCUGGAGCAGUUUUCCAUGGCUUUCUUUCCGUACGAGAUCAUGUGCCCUCCACGAUGCGCAGAACCUUUGGAUAACCACAGUGAGGCCGGCUCGAGAGAUGCUCUUGAAAGCUUCAGCUCGUGGCUGGACUCAAAUCCUUGCAAUAGCGGCCUACGGCAGGGUCUCGCUGAGCUUGUGAGGCACCACCUCUUGAGAGGCGGGAAAACCUCCAGAGCAGAGCAGCGGCUUGUACAGCUGCAUGCGCCGCUUGCCCUGCUGAUCGAGGCGCUCAAGUACAACCGGGAAGCGCUCGCCGGGACGCCCACAACGCGGCCGUCGAGCAUGCCCCUCCUGACGCAGCUCUACAUCGCCCAGGCGUCGCUGUCAGACCUCCCGACCGAGCUGCGGGACGAUGUGCCCACGCCGCAUCUUGUCCGUCACGGCGGCCGAGGCGACAUAUACGAUACGAGCCUCUGGUUGGGUCUCGAGCCAACCUACACGCCGUGGCACCGCGACCCCAACCCAAACUUGUUCUGCCAGCUAUGCAGCAGCAAGACGGUGCGGCUGGCUCCACCGGCUGCAGGCGAACCAAUAUUCCGCCAGGUGCAGACGGAGUUGGCGAGGAGCGUGACAUCCACAGCAGCGACGGCUCACUCGCGCAUCCGCGGCGAGGAAAUGAUGCAGGGACCCGAGCGGCGACCUCUGCACGAUGCCAUCUGGACAGAGGCCCAUGCCACAGUCGCAAUGACCUCCAUACAGGAGGCCCACGUCGAGCCUGGGGACAUGCUCUUCAUUCCGAAGGGAUGGUGGCACAGCGUCAAGAGUGCUUAUGCUGACGGAAGGCUGAAUGCAUCCGUCAACUGGUGGUUCCGCUGA